AAUUACCUUUGGUGACGUGCUUUACGUCAUAAAGUCAAGAUGGCGACUUACUGAAGCGCUCCAUGCUUUAUUGUUGAUAAAACAUAUGUUGUUAUUUUAACUGGAUAAACUCGCUCCGGGAUCGGAAAAGAUGUCAAGGUUAAUAGUCAAGAAUCUCCCAAAUGGGAUGAAGGAAGAGCGUUUCCAUAAGAUGUUUGCAGAUUUUGGGACACUUACAGAUUGUACGUUGAAAUUCACUAAAGAUGGUAGAUUUCGCAAAUUUGGAUUUGUAGGCUUCAAGACAGAGGAGGAUGCAAAGAAAGCUAUGAAACAUUUCAACAAGAGCUUUGUGGACACGUCUAGAGUUACUGUGGAAUUCUGCACAGAUAUCGGAGACCCAAACAAAGCCAGACCUUGGAGCAAACACACGCGUCUGCCAUCGUCAAACAAAGUUACAGAAGAACAAAAAUCAUGUGAACAAGCAGAAAAACGUGAAAAGAAGCAGAAGAAGCCUUUGAAUGUUCUUGGAGAUCUUGAAAAAGACCAGAGCUUCCAGGAGUUCCUCUCUGUGCACCAGAAGCGCACACAGGUGCCCACUUGGGCCAAUGACACUGCAGAAGCGACUUCUGUUGGAGUUGAAAAGAAGAAGGAGGAGAAGAAGCAGAAGGCAGCUGUUAGGGAUGAUUACCUAAACUUUGACUCUGAUGAAUCGGAGGAAUUUAGUGAUGUUGAAAGGGCUGAUGAAGAGGAUACUGAAAAGGAAGCCUUGAAGAAAGGUCUGUCCGAUAUGGAUUAUCUUCGCUCCAAAAUUGUGGAGAAAUCAGACACGGUGGAUGAGAAAGAGGAGAAAAAGAUGGAAGAGGCAGAGGAUGAAGAAAAAGAAGGUGACCGUACUAAUGCUGCUGAUAAGAAUGAGGAGGAGGAGGAGGAGGAGGAAGAGUCCCCGGUCCAAAACACAGACAGUGCUUAUGAAAGUGGUGACAAGGCAAGCAGCCAGAAAAGCACAAAACCAGCAGCUCAGAAUAUGAUUGAGCCGAGCACAGAGUUCACAGUCAAGCUACGAGGUGCUCCAUUCAACGUCACAGAGCAACAAGUGAAAGAAUUUAUGGUGCCUUUGAAACCUGUUGCCAUCCGAUUUGGCAAAAACACUGAUGGGCGCAAAUCAGGUUACGUAUAUGUGGACCUGCGCACAGAGGCAGAGGUCGAGAGGGCCCUGCGCUUUAACAAAGACUACAUGGGGGGACGCUAUAUUGAAGUGUUCAGAGUCAACAACUUUAAAAAUGAUAGAAGGUCUGCAAAGAGAAGCGAGAAGGAAAGAAAUUUUGUGCAUGAGCUGAGGGACGAUGAGGAAGAGGAAGACGUGGCGGAAUCGGGAAGACUUUUUGUCAGGAACCUGCCCUACACGUGCACUGAAGAAGAACUGAAAGAAGUCUUCAUCAAAUAUGGUCCUCUUUCUGAGGUGCUUUUCCCCAUAGACAGUCUGACUAAGAAGCCCAAGGGCUUUGCCUUUGUGUCAUACAUGAUUCCAGAGAACGCAGUCUCAGCCUUGGCUCAACUGGAUGGCCAUGUAUUCCAGGGGCGGGUUCUGCACGUCAUGGCUUCAAGACUAAAGAAGGAAAAGCCUGAUCAAGGGGCCAACGCUCCAGGCAGCUCCUCGUAUAAGAGGCAGAAAGAUGCCAAAGACAAAGCCGCCAGUGGCAGUUCUCAUAACUGGAACACACUGUUUUUGGGCACGAGUGCAGUAGCCGAUGCCAUCGCUCAGAAAUACAACACAACCAAGAGCCAAGUGUUGGAUCACGAGUCUGAUGGCAGUCUGGCUGUGAGGAUGGCCCUCGGAGAGACGCAGAUCGUACAAGAGACCAGACAGUUUCUCCUGGACAAUGGAGUGUCCCUGGACUCGUUCAGUCAGGCAGCAGGUCAGCGCAGUAACUCUGUGAUCCUGGUGAAGAACUUGCCCACAGGAGUGCAGGUCGCAGAGCUGGAGGCUCUGUUCUCGCCCCAUGAGUCUCUGGGAAGGGUUCUGCUGCCCCCAUCUGGCCUCACUGCUAUAGUGGAGUUCCUGGAGCCUACUGAAGCCAAACGGGCCUUCAUGAAACUUGCAUUCACCAAGUUCCAGCAUGUUCCGUUGUAUCUGGAGUGGGCUCCUGUAGCAGUCUUUACAACUCCCAAAGCACCUAAACCAGAGCCUCAAACAAAAGAUGCAUCUACUGAGAACAAUGACUCGGCCAAAAAGGAAGAAGAAGAGGAGGAGGAGGAGGAGGAGGAGGACGAAGAAGAGCAGAUUUUGCCCGGCUCGACUCUCUUCAUUAAAAACCUCAACUUUAACACAUCAGAGGAAACAUUGCGGGAGACGUUUUCUAAAUGUGGUGUGGUGAAAAGCUGCACGAUAUCAAAGAAGAGUGAUAAAGCAGGUAAAUUAUCGUCAAUGGGUUAUGGCUUUGUGCGGUAUAAAACUCCAGAGGCAGCACAGAAAGCCAUGAGACAGCUGCAGCACUGUAAAGUAGAUGAACACCAGCUUGAGCUGAAAAUAUCAGAAAGAGAAGUCAAGUAAGUCGAGGGAUCUUUUGUGUCUUAAAACU